AUGAAUCCAGGCGCUCCGAAUUACCCCAUGGCGUCAUUGUACGUCGGGGAUUUGCAUUCUGAUAUCACUGAGGCCAUGCUCUUUGAGAAGUUUUCUACAACUGGGCCUGUUCUUUCCAUUCGCGUUUGUCGAGAUCUGAUAACUAGAAGAUCUCUGGGGUAUGCUUAUGUCAAUUUUCAACAACCUGCUGAUGCUGAACGUGCUCUGGACACUAUGAACUUUGACAUCAUCAAGGGAAGGCCUAUUCGUAUCAUGUGGUCUCAGCGUGAUCCUUCACUCAGAAAAUCUGGAGUAGGCAAUGUAUUCAUUAAAAACUUGGAUCGCUCUAUUGACAACAAAGCUAUGUAUGAUACUUUCUCUGCUUUUGGAAACAUUCUCAGCUGUAAAGUGGCUCAAGAUGAGAAUGGAACUAGCAAAGGUUAUGGUUUUGUUCACUUUGAGACUGAAGAAGCUGCCAAUAAGUCUAUUGAGAAGGUUAAUGGUAUGUUGUUGAAUGGAAAGAAGGUGUAUGUUGGUAGAUUCAUCCCACGUAAAGAAAGAGAGAAGGAACUGGGAGAGAAGGCCAAAUUGUUCACCAAUGUUUAUGUCAAAAACUUUGGUGAAGAUCUUUCUGAAGAACAGUUGCGUGCCAUGUUUGAGAAAUAUGGCAAAAUCACUAGCUACAAGAUUAUGAGCAAAGAUGAUGGAAAGUCUAAAGGUUUUGGGUUUGUAGCCUUUGAGAGUCCUGAGGCUGCUGAAACUGCUGUAGAAGCUCUGAAUGGCAAAGAAAUAAUGGAGGGGAAGCCCCUGUACGUUGGGCGGGCCCAAAAGAAGGCCGAGCGUCAGCAGGAGCUCAAGCGCCGGUUCGAGGCCCUCAAGAUGGAAAGGCUGAACCGCUACCAGGGCGUGAACCUCUACGUCAAGAACCUCGACGACACCAUCGAUGACGAACGCCUGCGCAAGGAGUUCUCCCCCUUCGGCACGAUCACCUCGGCCAAGGUCAUGAUGGAGGAGGGCAGGAGCAAGGGGUUCGGCUUCGUUUGUUUCUCGUCCCCCGAGGAGGCGACCAAGGCCGUUACCGAGAUGAACGGUAGGAUAGUGGGGACCAAGCCGUUGUACGUGGCUUUGGCUCAGCGCAAGGAGGACCGCAAGGCCCACCUCACCUCUCAGUACAUGCAGCGCAUGGCCAAUAUGCGCAUGCACCAGAUGGGCCAGUUCAUCCAGCCGGGCGCCUCGAGCGGCUACUUCGUGCCGACCAUCCCGGCGACGCAACGCUUCUACGGCCCCGCGCAGAUGACCCAGAUCCGUACGAGCCCGCGCUGGACGGCGCAGACGCCGGUGCGGCCGGGCGGACAGGGCGGCGCGGGGGCAGCAGGGGCGGGCGGGUACGCGGGCAUGCCGAGCGCGUACCGGGCAGCCGCUAGGCCUCCCAACCAGGCGAGCGCGGCGAUGCGCGGGAACGUGAACGUGCCGCGGCCGAUCACCGGGCAGCAGCCGGCGGGCAUGCAGGGGCGGCCAUUGGCGGGACAAGGCGUCGUCGCCGGCGGCGGCAACCGCACCGCCAACUUCAAGUACACGUCGAACAUGCGCAACCCGCCGCAAGCGCUGGCCCUGCAAGGGGCGGCCGCGCCCGUCCAGCAGGCGGUGCACAUCCAGGGCCAGGAGCCGCUCACCACGACGAUGCUGGCUGCCGCGCCGCCGCAAGAGCAGAAGCAGAUGCUCGGCGAGAGGCUGUUCCCGCUGAUCCAGCGCAUGUACGCCGAUUUGGCCGGCAAGAUCACUGGAAUGUUGUUGGAAAUCGACAACACCGAGUUGCUCCACAUGUUGGAGCACAACGAGUCGCUGAAGAACAAGGUGGAAGAAGCUGUGGCAGUCUUGCAAGCCCACCAGGCCAAACAGGCUGCUACCAUCAAGAAAGACUAAAUUUGGGGCUAUGUGCCUCAUGGGGUAGGUCGUUAACUCAAUCAUCGAAACGUGAGAUAUUAUCGACCAGUAGCGUACCUUGGGGGGAUAUACUCUUUUUUUCACAUUUUUAUUUAUGA